AUGAGGGGUCUCUGCCCGAGUCUAGGUUCAAGACAUUAGCAUGUGUGUGUGGUGUGUAUGUGUCCAGUGAAAUUUACCCCGAGACGGACUGAGGCAGUUUUUGACCGUACCAAUAUGUGUGGCCUAUAAAUAUAUAAUUUGAACCCCAGCGGAAUCGUGUAAUGGGCACAACAAUAUCGAAAAUGAGGGAAUAAUCGGAGAAGACAAACGGCGAGGCUCGUCUGCAGCUAACGUUUUGUUAAACUGCGAGUGGGAUCACAGCUGCUGGCGACGAAAAUGUCGGGAAAAAUAGAGAGCAAGCAAGACUCGCAACGGUCCCAUCUGUCCUCUUUCACCAUGAAACUGAUGGACAAGUUCCACUCUCCCAAGAUCAAGAGGACUCCAUCCAAGAAGGGCAAGCAACUGCAGCCCGAGCCAGCAGCCAAGAGUACUGAGAAACCUGCAAACAAGAAGGUUAGUCGGCUGGAAGAGCACGAGAAGGAGGUGGUCAGUGCCCUGCGCUACUUCAAGACAAUCGUGGACAAAAUGGUCGUGGAGAAGAAGGUGCUGGAGAUGCUUCCAGGUUCGGCCAGCAAGGUGCUUGAAGCCAUCCUGCCUCUGGUUCAGGUAGAGGCCCGGAUACAGCACAGUUCGGCGCUAUCUUCCUGCCAUAACCGUGUGUAUCAGAGCCUGGCCAACCUUAUUCGAUGGGCAGACCAGGUGAUGCUAGAUGGUAUUGACUUGGAGGACAAGGAGAAUGUGGCGGCUGUCACCAGCGUCAUCAAAGCCGUGCUGGAUGGAGUAAAGGAAUUGGUGAAGCUGACCAUAGAGAAACAAGAGCAACCGUCACCCACCAGCCCGAACAAACCAGCACCACCUGCUACCACAGCGGAGAGCAGCGUGUCAUCGGAGAUGCCCUUGAUAGAUCGGGAGCCGGAGGUCUCGAAAAAGACGGCUCCGGCAGCUACUCCCGCAGAGGCUGCCUCAGACAAAUCAGAAGAGGACGUGGCCCCUCCAAAACCCCCCCUUCCUGAAGCCAAAAUGGCAGAGCUCAGAGCACAGUUGAGUGCUGACGCUGGCCAAAGGAGACCCUCUCAGAAGGAGAACCCUCCACCAGCUCUUCCCCCUAAGAAGCGUCAGUCGGCCCCUUCGCCUACACGGGUUGCCGUUGUCGCCCCGAUGAGCCGCGGCUCCAGCCUGCCCUGCAGCGUCCACAGACAGCAACAGGACUAUGAGCAGGAGUUCCUUCAGAGGCGUUUCUCUGGGGGCAGCCAGUCCUACGGGGGCGACUCUCCACGCCUGUCUCCAUGCAGCAGCAUGGGGAAACUUAGCAAGUCUGAUGAACAGCUCUCCUCCAUGGAGCAGGACAGUGGUCAGUGUUCUCGUAACACCUCCUGUGAGACGCUUGACAACACAGAGCAUUACGACCCGGAUUAUGACUUCCUCCACCAGGAUUUGUCAGCUGGGGAGAACCUUCCCCCAAUACCUGUAGGAGGGUGCCUGAGCCCCUUGCCUGAGUCUCACAGCGAGUCCUCUUCCCCGGUCCCUGGACAGCAUCCAUCACAUCCCCGCUUCAGUGCUCCUCCAGCACAGCAGCAGCCAGAAUACUGGACACCGCAGCCUAAUCAGACCAAUCCCAUACAGUCCUAUCGCGUCAGCGCGCCCCCUGCCCUUCCCCAGAAGAAGCGACGCAGCACCCAGCCUUUCCCUGAUGUAGGGUCUAGGGUGCUGUAUGAGCGCUACCCCUCCCAAUACGACAACUUGUCAGAAGAGGAGCUCCACCCUACACCACCAUUCCCCCUUUUCACACCCAUCUCACCCAUGCCGCAUACUAAUGGGGGCGUGUUCGUCACCCAGUACAUAACCAGCGACAAUGCAGAUGUCCCCGUUAGCCCGCCGCCGCUGCCAGAAAAGAAAAGCAGAAACAUCCUCCAGUACAUGCAGUUUGUGGAAGACUACUCCGAGCCACAGCCCUCAGUUUUCUACCAGAUGCCACAGAGCGAGAGCAUCUACGAGCAGCGCAACAAGCGCUUCCAGGAGGUCUACGGCUUCAACGACUCCUUCAGCAGCACGGACUCAGUCCAUGAGCCGCUGCUGCCUCCAGCAUUGCCCCCGAAACAAAGGCAACUGGCCUCCCACUCUUCCUCCCCCUCUUCCUCCUCCUCUUCUUCUCUCUCCUGCCACCUCCAGCCGUCUGUAGCGGCCAUGGAGGAGGCAGGCUCUGGGCUGGGCCUCAGCAUGUCCGUUUCUAACUCCUACCUGAUUGGCCAAGCUUCCUUGACCGCACCCACGAGUUUGGACCAGGUUGCCUUGACCAAUGCCACCAUUCUGGAUGGCAGCAGGGGUGGGCCCAACGGUUCCCUGGCUGGCUCAAUGGGCUCUGUGGCUGUCUGUCUUCCUUCUGAGUCUUCUCUCACUGACUCUCUCCACACCUCAGCGAGCGAGAGCGCAAAUGAUGAAGGCGGGGAGGGGGAGUACGUCAACUUGUACUCAUCCAGCCAGGCCAAUGGGGAGCUGCCUCUCUCCCUCAGAGAAACAAUCACAGCUGACAAUGUACUUCAAGACCCCACCCCUCAGAUGCCAUCCACCAACAGCAAAGAGGCUUUAGACAAGGAAAGAAGGCAGAAGUCAACAGAGUCGGCUGGCAGCGAUGAGGAAGAUGUGGACGAGCUCUCCCUCAUCGACCACAAAGAGAUUAUGAGCAGGAUAACACUAAAACAAGAAAAUGAUGAUGGCCCUGACGUUCGUGCUGGAUCGGGAGAUAUUCUAUUAGUCCACGCUACAGAAACGGAUCGCAAAGAUCUUGUUUUGUACUGUGAAGCCUUUCUAACUACAUAUAGGACUUUUAUAACCCCUGAGGACCUCAUUAAGAAGCUACACUACAGAUACACUAGGUUCUGCCACAGCCCAGACACCUUCAAGAAGCGAGUCAGCAAGAACACAUUCUUUGUGCUGGUUCGUGUGGUGGAUGAACUGUGCUUGGUGGAGCUGACAGAGGACAUCUUGAAACAGCUGAUGGACCUGGUGUUCACGCUGGUGUGCAACGGCGAGCUCAGCCUCGCCCGUGUGCUCCGAAAGAACAUCCUGGACAAGGUGGAGCAGAGGAAGCUGCUGCGCUACACUAACUCCCUCAAGCCGCUCGCUGCCCGAGGGGUCUCUGCAAGGCCUGGAACUCUCCAUGACUUCCGCAGUCAUGAGAUCGCCGAUCAGCUCACUCUUCUUGAUGCUGAGCUCUUCUAUAAAAUCGAGAUUCCCGAGGUGCUGCUCUGGGCCAAGGAGCAGAAUGAGGAGAAGAGUCCCAACCUGACUCAGUUCACAGAGCACUUUAACAACAUGAGCUAUUGGGUCCGCUCUUUGAUAAUUCAGCAGGAGAAAGCCCAAGACCGAGAGAAGCUGCUUCUCAAGUUCAUCAAGAUAAUGAAGCACUUAAGAAAGUUGAACAAUUUCAACUCCUACCUGGCAAUACUGUCUGCCCUGGACUCUGCCCCCAUCAGGAGAUUGGAGUGGCAGAAACAGACCUCAGAGGGAUUGGAGGAAUAUUGCACGUUGAUUGACAGCUCCUCCUCCUUUAGAGCAUACAGAGCUGCUCUGGCUGAGGUGGAGCCUCCAUGCAUCCCGUACCUGGGUCUCAUUCUGCAGGACCUGACCUUCGUGCACCUGGGUAACCCUGACCUCAUUGAUGGGAAGGUCAAUUUCUCCAAACGCUGGCAGCAGUUCAACAUUCUAGACAGCAUGAGGCGCUUUCAGCAAGUGCAUUACGAGCUGAAGCGCAACGAAGACAUUGUCUGUUUCUUCAACGACUUCAGCGACCACCUGGCAGAGGAGGCCUUGUGGGAGCUGUCGCUGAAGAUCAAGCCCAGGAACAUCACCAGGCGCAAGACGGAACGCGAGGAGAAGACAUAGGGCCCUGUGGGCCUCCGAGACUGACCUCCAACUGUGCUUCAUGACACUAACUCCACUUUACUACAGACUGAGAGAAAGACUGAAGCUAAUGGGAAUCUCAUUGUGUGUGUGAGAGGGUGGGGGGGGGAUGGGAUGCAGAACAAACUACAGACAACUGAAACGUGGCCCAAGGUUUACAAAGAGCUCGGCUGCUCUGGGAGAUUUUAAUUGGGAUAUAACUGUGGCUGCGGUGUUGGGACGGGGAGAGAUGCAGUGACAAUAGGUGAAACAAGAGGAAGCCUGGUGCUAAGGAAGCGUGAAGAAUCACACAGAGCGGACAGGGAGACGCUUUGGAAAUAACCAAAGUCUGCUCCCUGGGCUCUCUGUUUUUAAGAGUGGAGCUGUUGCGUGUGUGAGAGAUUGAGUUGAAUGGUCCAUCACUCUGAGUUGCUUCUUCCUCUUCCUUUAUGUAUGUGCCAUUUGUUGGUCAUCUUCUGCAACCAUCUCCUUGACCCAUGAGUUCCCCUCAAACAGCAGAACCUCGACAGCGGCCUGCCCUGAACGGUGACGUCGACACGCAGGCUGCAGACCCUGGAAUUGGCUGGGGGCGUGACGGGAUUUGAACUCGUAAGUGAGGAUGACCAUUAAAGACUGGAACCUAUGCGUUUGUUUUGAAACAUUUUGUGUAAGAAUCAUGUAUGGUUAUGAUAUGUAUUAUAUACUGCUCCUUUUGUUCUUAAAAAGGAUGUUUAUGCUUAUGAGAAGAGCUUAGCUUCUCCCAAGUGCCAUAUAGGUAUGUGCACUAAAAAAGCAAAAGCA